GCACCAUGGGCGUUGUAGUUCCGGGUUGCUGAUUGAUUCGCAGGGAUGCGGACGGAACUGGACUACAAUUCCCACAAUGUCCCUGCUGCUGAGUGACCGCAUGCGCAUUGUACAGGAGGCGUCUGGAGAAGACUCAGGGUUGGAAUGCAGGCGGUUGGAACUCGAGUGGUAGCCUGGCUCCGAUUGCAGCUGGAGGCCUGCAGCAGGCUGCACCACCACCACUACAGCCAUGGCAGCACGGAAUCUCUCAAGAAGACGGCACUAUAUGAGUUCCAUCAGAGUAAAGGAGCUCGGAUGGUGGAAUUUGCAGGAUGGAGUAUGCCUGUUCAGUAUAAGGACAGUCACAUCAACUCGCACCUGCACACCCGCCAGCACUGCUCAUUAUUCGACGUAUCCCACAUGCUACAGAGCAAGGUGACGGGGAAGGACCGAGUGAAGUUCAUGGAGAGUUUGGUCGUUGGGGACAUCGCUGAGCUCAAGAACAACCAGGGUAUGCUGUCCCUAUUCACCAACGAUAAGGGAGGGAUAAAGGACGAUCUGAUUGUGACUCGGACGUCAGACGGAUACCUAUACAUUGUGUCAAAUGCUGGCUGUGCUGACAAGGACUCUGCCCACAUGAAAGAGAAAUUGGCCGAGUUCAAAGCCGCUGGGAAUGAUGUUGACCUGGAGUUUUUGGAGGCGGGACUGAUUGCGCUGCAAGGUCCGUCUGCAGCGAGGGUAUUACAGGAGGGUGUCUCUGAUGAUCUUUGCAAGCUGCCCUUCAUGUCGAGUGCCAUGAUGACUGUGUUUGGGGUACCAGGCUGCAGAGUGACUCGUUGUGGCUACACCGGAGAGGAUGGGGUGGAGAUCUCCGUCCCUAUUCAGCGCACGGUAGAACUGGCAGAGCUACUGUUGAGGAACAGUGAGGUGAGACUCGCUGGUCUUGGGUCGAGGGAUAGCUUACGCCUGGAGGCUGGGCUUUGUCUUUAUGGAAAUGACAUUGAUGAGACCACCACUCCAGUGGAAGCGACCCUUUUAUGGACCAUAGGUAUUCCACCUAAUCCCUUCGGAAAGCGGCGGAGAGCUGCUGCAGACUUUCCCGGAGCUUCGAUUAUCCUGAGACAGAUUAAAGAGAAAACUAAACGGAAGCGAGUGGGCCUGGUGUCGGCUGGCCCCCCAGUCAGGCAGCGCACACCCAUUUUAAACCCGGACGGAAAAGUCAUCGGGGAAGUGACGAGUGGUUGCCCCUCCCCCUGUCUGAAACAGAACAUUGCCAUGGGAUAUGUAGAUACGGAGUACAGCAAGCAGGGCACACCAAUAAACGUGGAGAUUCGGAAGAAGAUUGUGGAUGCCAUUGUCUCCAAGAUGCCUUUUGUACCGUCUAAAUACUAUACUGUGAAAUGACUGUCUCCUUUUCUGAUUGAGAGAAAUGAAUGCUUUGUAGAAGAUGAUCAGAUUUAAUUACAUAUUUUUAUAUUUUUAAUUGUUUUGUGUCUGCUUUUGGUUUACAAAGGCUAGCUGUUGACUUGUUCCAAUCUCCUACACUGCCGCAUUAAAGUAUAGUGAGUGUUUUCAGAGCGAUGGAAGAAAUUCCUUGAUAAGGAAUUAUGGUGAGAUUGCUGCUCAUCGUUGUCUGCUCUUGAUCCUUGCUUCAUCCACCUGAUCAACAUUGCUCUCCUCUGCGGAACCUACAACUGAUCCCGAGAGCAAGGCCAGUUGAACAGUCAAUAAACACUGCUCUUCACUAGCGGAUCGACACCCUUCAGACUCAUGAUGGCAGAGAUGGGCCAGGUGAAGAAUAAACCAGCCAAAAUUCUAGCGGGCAGCUCAGCUGCAGAAUCCUGUGUGUCUGACAGCUAACUGGAUUAGCUUUUGGUUUCCAGGAUAAAAGCAGAGCCGGCAAUGUACGAAGGGCUCAUGUCCUGAGUGGGAUUCUUUGUUCGGACCUUUAUUUUUGGGAGAUGGCUUCUUUUUUCACACCUACUUUCUCCUCAUCUGGCUGUCUUGCAGGUUCAGACCUCUUGCUGCUGUGCAGCACCAGUACCUUGGCUGUUCAUUGCGCAAGCUGGGGCAGGGAAAAUUUGAGGGAUGUUCGACUAGAGGCAGCAUUACCGUGCCAUCUAGUUCUUUGCAGCAGGGAAUGACGGAGAACUGGCAGCAAUUCAACCCUUUGCCGGUUGUUUCUCUCUCUCUCUCUCUCUCUCUCUCUCCCCCUCCGCCACCCCUCGCCCUCUCUCCCGUAUGCCCCAACCCAGGGUACUAUGAGAGCCCUGCUGUAAACAACUGAUUCAGCUUGAGCCAUGAGUUCAUGCGGCUCGGUGGGACACAGUACUUUUACAAUAGGGGGAUUUGACAAUGAAGGUGUGGUGACUUUUGGUCUAGAUGUAAUAAACAGUCUCAUCACAAUGAGAAGCUGUUUUGUGGGGACUGAGAUAAUUGCCUUACUUCUGUCAAGUUUCUGCAGACUAGCCUUUAUGAACUAAUCUUAGAUACUACAACUGUAAAUGAAUAUGGAGUUUUUACUAAUAUAACUAAUUAUAUUAUGAAUGAGGGUGUUGAUUAGACACUAAGCCAAUACCAAUAGAGAACUGACAAUACUGCUGAAUGAUUCCUGCAGUAACUGAAUAAUCAGCCACAUACUAAUUGGUGUGAUUGAAUUGAUAUGUGAAGGAGAUGAUCACUUUGGUAACUGCAGACAGUUUAAUGAAUGGUGCCUUGUGUUUACAGAUGGGGCUUGCCUGAUCUCUGUAGAAGAAGCAAUACCCUCUUGAGUAAAUGUUAAUUUUUUUUGUAUUUUCUUUAUGAAAUAUAUCUGUGGAAUAAUAAAAUACAGCAACAGCA